GAUAGCGCGCGCGACGGCGGCUGUAGUGGCUUUCCUCUUCGAAGUUUAGGAAAAGCGAUGGCUACCUUUAGAAAGGCUCGUGAAUUGUUGAUCGCAAGUUUCGAUGAUGGUGACAUUUCAGAAGAUGAAUUUUUACUGUUGUAUGAUGCCAACAUUUCAAAGAAUCUCGAUUAUCCUUACCAGAAUUACGAAGAUUUUGACCUGGAAGGACUCGGUGAAAGUGAGUGCUUGGCAGAAUUUCGUUUCCGAAAAAGGGACAUACCAAUUCUCGCAGACGUAAUGGGGCUGCCUGAUUCGUAUCGAUGCGAACAAGGGACUGUAUGCGAUGGAAUUGAAGGCCUUUGUCUUUUGUUAAGAAGAUUGGCGUACCCUUGUAGGUACAGUGACCUUAUCCAUCGUUUUGGCCGCCCAGUACCAGAAAUUUGUAUGAUCACUAAUUAUGUAAUGGAAACUGUGUACAGCUUACAUCAUCACCGUCUGACAGCAUGGAACCACACCUUAAUGAGCCCCCCUCUACUUCAGAGAUAUGCUGAUGCCAUACAAAGGAAAGGAAGUCCCCUGCCGAAUUGCUUUGGCUUCAUAGAUGGUACAGUAAGACCCAUUUGCCGACCACAAGAAAACCAAGGAAUUGUGUACAACGGACACAAAAGAGUCCACGGAUUGAAAUACCAAUCUGUUGCAUUGCCCUGUGGUAUGAUAGCCAACAUGUAUGGGCCAGUAGGUAAUGGGAAUUAUUCCUUUCAAGUUUUAGCUGGAGCCCAAGUAAUGGGCUCCUGGUUUUAGUCACAUUAGAACCAUCUGUCACGCGGUAAAUCCAAACAGAAUGAUAAAUAGGUGAAAGCAGUUUUUAGCGUGAAACAUUUCAAGUAGUAUAAAUAAAAUAUACAUUUUUUAAAAAUUACAGAACACAAUUUUCAAUCAAAAUGUGCAUUUUCUUCCAGAGGGCCGCAAACAUGAUGCUGGAAUGUUAGCUGAUUCUGGCCUUCUGCAAGUCCUUGAACACCAUGCUUUUUCGCCGACUGGUAACCCCAUGGCCUUAUAUGGUGACCCUGCUUACCCAUUAAGAGUUCACCUUGUUGUGCCAUAUCGUACAGCAGGUAUCACUCCUCAGAUGGAAGAGUUUAACAAGUCGAUGAGCAGUGUCCGCAUUUCAGUAGAGUGGCUUUUUGGGGAUAUUGUUAACUAUUUUAAAUUUGUUGAUUUUAAGAAAACUCAAAAGAUAUCAUUGAGUGCGUUAGGAAAGAUGUAUAUUGUAUGUGCAAUUUUAAGGAAUGCCAUGACUUGUUUGUAUGGCAAUUUCACAUCAAAUUUCUUUGACAUUGACCCACCAACCCUUCAGGAUUAUUUUUCCUAA